GCUGGCCCGGCUCGGCGCUCGCGGAGCUUCGCAGCCGCCGGGCGGGGGGAGGAGGCGGGGGAGGAGGGACGGAGAUCUGGGGCUCGGAGCCGGCCGCCGCUGCGCUCCGCUUCGCUGUGGGGCUCGGUGUGUCGGGGGUGGGGGGGCGGGGGGGCUCCGCUAUGGAGGCAAAUGGGAGCCCAGGCACCUCGGGCAGCGCCAACGACUCCCAGCACGACCCCGGUAAAAUGUUUAUCGGUGGACUGAGCUGGCAGACCUCACCAGAUAGCCUUAGAGACUAUUUUAGCAAAUUUGGAGAAAUUAGAGAAUGUAUGGUCAUGAGAGAUCCCACAACGAAACGCUCCAGAGGCUUCGGUUUCGUCACCUUCGCAGACCCAGCAAGUGUAGAUAAAGUAUUAGGUCAACCCCACCAUGAGUUAGAUUCCAAGACGAUUGACCCCAAAGUUGCAUUUCCUCGCCGAGCGCAACCCAAGAUGGUCACAAGAACAAAGAAGAUAUUCGUAGGAGGAUUGUCUGCGAACACAGUAGUGGAAGAUGUAAAGCAGUAUUUUGAGCAGUUUGGCAAGGUAGAGGAUGCGAUGCUGAUGUUUGACAAAACCACCAACAGGCACAGAGGGUUUGGCUUUGUCACUUUUGAGAAUGAAGAUGUUGUGGAGAAAGUCUGUGAGAUUCAUUUCCAUGAAAUCAAUAAUAAAAUGGUAGAAUGUAAGAAAGCUCAGCCGAAAGAAGUCAUGUUCCCACCUGGGACCAGAGGCCGGGCCCGGGGGCUGCCGUACACCAUGGAUGCGUUCAUGCUUGGCAUGGGAAUGCUGGGCUACCCCAACUUUGUGGCAACCUAUGGCAGAGGCUACCCCGGAUUUGCUCCUAGCUAUGGCUACCAGUUCCCAGGCUUCCCAGCAGCGGCUUAUGGACCAGUGGCGGCGGCAGCUGUGGCAGCGGCUCGAGGAUCAGGCUCCAACCCGGCGCGGCCCGGAGGCUUCCCGGGGGCCAACAGCCCAGGACCUGUCGCCGAUCUCUACGGCCCUGCCAGCCAGGACUCCGGAGUGGGGAAUUACAUAAGCGCAGCCAGCCCACAGCCUGGCUCAGGCUUCGGCCACGGCAUAGCUGGACCUUUGAUUGCAACGGCCUUUACAAAUGGAUACCACUGAGCAGGUGCUUCCAUUGCCAUCUCACUAUGAGAGCAUACCUGGAUGUCCAGGCAAGACUGGGCGAAGUUUCUGAGUGGCCCUUUGUUUAGGUGACGUCCUCAGACCUGGACCCCCACCAGCCUCACUCCUCAUCCCAACCAGAGGUGGCACACUUGGCUUGAGGGUUGACACAUCUCAUCUCACCCAUCGGCUACCUGCUGUAAUAUAAGACAACAGCUUUUAAACGUGUAUAUAAUCCAUGAUUUUGGUUUGGUUCUGUUUGUUUUCCUUGGUGGUCCCCUCUCCCUCUCCCUUCUCCCUCAAUCACAUUUGGUAGUGAUUUUUGACUUAGUCUGGUAGUCACCUAGCUUAAUAUCUAGUUAAAAGCUAACCAUAGUAUACUCGUUAUAUAUUAAGGAGUUUUUUUUCUUUCUUUCUUUUGUUUUCUUUUUUCCUUUAAUGAGAAUUUUUGUUUUGUUUUGAUUCUGUUCUCACUUUUAAAGGAUGCUGAGAUGGUGAUGUUACUCUCCAUUUUUGGUACCAAUUCUGAGACUGUAAGACUUUUCACCUGGGACUUUAGCACACACUGAAUUGAAGUUGUGAUAUGCGGAGCGGGAGGUGGGCAUAGACUCUACUUUAUGUUGUAGAAGUGACAUACAGUUAGCUGCUUUACAGACUCUCUAGCCGUUCAUUUCUGUGACGUCUCUCUGUUACCAUAAGUCUAUCUAUUUUCGGCAAUAAGGUAAGGACGGCCAUGUUUUGAGGCUCCUCCUUUUCUAUGAGUGCUUUUUCUUUCUUUCUGUUCAAAGAGGUCAUAUAAGGUUUUUUGAAAUUGUGAAUUCUAAAAAACAAAAAACAAACAAAAAAAUGUUGUAAAUAUAAUUCCAUUAACUACAUAGAAACUAUUAAGGAAGAGAGAAUCAAAUAUUUUUGUGAGGGAGUUGCUCCCAGGCAGUUAGGUACCCUGGAAGGGGUGGGGGGAAGCUUGACGAAGCCGGUACUACAACAGAGCACCCAGCUGCCAGGGCCACCGGACCCCCACUCCUCGCUGUUGGCGUGAUAGACCUAAGAGCUGCAUUAGCGCCCUGCCAGCCUACCAGCCUCUCUGCGCACAGCUUCACAUGUUAUGGCCUAGCUAGAUUUUUAUUUAAAAUAUGAAAAACUGCUUUUCCCAAGAUGUUUUUUAAAAGGAAAACAAAAGCUACAAUUUUAAUAUUUGACAUAUUUAAAGUUUCAAAGCACACCUGUUUUGGCUUAGGGGAGGGGCAGGGUGGGGCAUUCUUUUUCAGUCUUAAUUUUUAAAUAUCUGAUCAUUUUAUAUUGUCCGAUCAUUUCAGCACCUCCAAAGGGUCCUAGGAUACUCUGCCUCUCUCUUCACCCUGCCCCUCAUCUUGGCCCCAGACAGGGGAUCCAUGGGCCAGGCGUGGAUAAGCCUGCGUGAAUACAUCCUUUCUCCAUUCACUUUCUAUUUACAAAUUAGAAAAGCAACCUUUCAGUUUAUAUAUAUAUAUAUUUUUUUCCUUUUUGAUACCUCAGUGCUGCAAGUAUCAUCAGAGAGGCUAUGGAAGAGUUUUGUGUUUUUUUUAAUUUAUUAUAGAUGUAAACAGAAUUUUAAAAAUAAAAUAUAAACAUCACUGCACUGUGACUGGUGGGAAAAAC